UUAUUCCCUCGAAGACAUGAUGGUAAGGUGGUCUUGCCGAAUCCUGCCCAAAUUCAGAAAGAGGAUCCGAUCGUCCAAAUAUCCCGCAGCACGUCACAUAUGAUGUUGGACGGCGAAUCUACAAGUCAUACCAUACAACAGAGGACACUGCCCCACAAGCACUCUAUUAAUGAAGGCAGUAGCAGUAGUAGACCUAAGGGUGGAGAAGGAGGACUCCAAAGGCCACACCCCACCAGUUCUACCAGAUUGAAUAGCUCGACGUCAGCAAAAUCCGUUGAUAAUUAUGCUCAGCUGAGCUCGCUACCUGAGUUCAAGGCGUUCAAAUUGAACAAAGAGGGCCAGCCGGAAACUCGCGAGACAGCUUCGAGUUCUCCAGGAUCUUCAACUUCAAAGGAUGGGACACCAGAGCCUCAAGAGUGGAUGCGUGAAGUCAAGGUGUCUCGAAGAACCAAGAAGCAAUCAUAUGUGAGGUCAGGAGGCGAAGACUUCUGUAUUCGGUUGUACACUGGUCAGGAAAAACAUUAG